AUGUCCUCUGCCGGUAGCAACCAGCAGUCGUCGCCAGCCUCAGGCGAUGGCCGCCAGGGCCCGGCUCCGACCGAGGGCACCCGAGCGGGACCCAGCUCGGGCGCCGGCCGCCAGCGCCAGGAGCCGCUCACGUCCGAGCAGGAGGACGAGAUCUGGGGCUUCCUAGAGAACCGCGGCGUGGGCGAGCAGUACGCCGGCUAUCCCGCCAUCCCGGCCCACGCCCGGGGCGCAGUGCCACGCAGCGAGCAGCAGCCGCGUCCGCAGCCACGGGCUAACCACAGCACCAUUCUAGACCGCCACAACCGCACCAUCGCGCAGAUCCUCACGCGCUUCCGCAACAUCAUGGCGGCCGCCACCGAGCCUCUGCCGCGCGACGGCCCCAUCAUCGAGCGCGCGGCCCUCAACCGCUUGACCAUGGAGACCGAGACCGCCGCUCUGAUCACCGAGAUCGAGGGCCUCCUGGCCAUCAGCCGCGAGAUCAAGACGCUCUGGAUCCGCGGCCCGCUGCACCCGCCGGCCGGCGCCGCGAGCAGCAGCAGCGCCGCCGGCGGCCCCUCGGCCGAGGACAUCGACCGCACCGCCGAGCGCGUCACCCACCUCUACGACCAGGUCCUCGCCAUGCGCGACGCCGCCAUGCGCAAGCAGAGCCGCGCCGCUGCCGUCGCCCGCGAGAUGGAGGAAGAGCAGCAGAAGAAGAAGCGCCAGCAGAACCAGGGCCAAGGCCAGGGCCAGGGCGACGGAGCUGCCCCGUCCAAGUCGGGUUGA